AUGAGACCUAUUGUUUUAAGAGGACACGAACGUCCAUUAACCCAAGUUAAAUAUAAUAAGGAUGGUGAUUUAAUCUUUACAUGUUCCAAAGAUAACUCAGCUAGUGUUUGGUUCGCAGCUAAUGGUGAAAGAUUGGGAACUCUAGAUGGUCAUAUGGGUACCAUUUGGUCUAUUGACGUUGAUUCUUUCUCUAAAUAUUGUGUUACAGGUUCUGCUGAUUAUAGUAUCAAAGUUUGGGAUAUUUCAACUGGUAAAGAUGUUUAUACUUGGAAAUCCUUAGUUCCAGUUAAAAAUGUACAAUUUUCUCCAUGUGGGAACUAUGUAUUAGCUGUUCUAGAUAAUGUUAUGAAAUAUGCAGGUUCUAUUAAUAUCUAUCAAAUUAAAAGAGAUGAAACUACACAUGAAGCUAUUGAAUUUGUAGAGGAACCAUUAUUCACAUUAGAAACUGUUGAAGGUUUAGAUGCAGUUAGUGUUGCUGGCUGGUCUAUUGGUGGUAAAAAUAUUUUUGCUGGUCAUAAAGAUGGUAAAGUUAGUAAAUAUGAAAUUGAUAUUUCAAAAAAUAUUUUUAAAUUUGUUGAUUGUAUUGAAUUACAUGAAUCUAAUAUUUCUGAUAUGCAAUUUUCACCAGAUAAAACUUAUUUUAUUACUGCAUCAAGAGAUUCAAAAGCUCAUUUAGUAGAUUGUGCUACCUUAAAGGUUUUAAAGACUUAUGAAUCUGAUUGUCCAUUAAAUUGUUCAACUAUUACACCACUUAAAGAAUUUGUUAUAUUAGGUGGUGGUCAAGCUGCUAAAGAUGUUACUACUACAGGUGCAAGUGAAGGUAAAUUUGAAGCAAGAUUUUAUCAUAAAGUAUUUGAAGAUGAAAUUGGUAGAGUUAAAGGUCAUUUUGGUCCAUUAAAUUGUGUUGCUGUUGCACCAACUGGUACUUCUUAUACAUCUGGUGGUGAAGAUGGUAUUGUUCGUCUACAUCAUUUUGAAAAAUCUUAUUUUGACUUUAAAUAUGAUGUUGAAUUAACAGCUGAAGCUAAAGAACAUAUGGAAGUAGCUAAUUAA